GCACCGGGGACUUCCCAUGCGGCGGUCCUGCUGCGUACCGCGCCUUUCAUCCCCUCGAGCGCGGGAGGGACAGCUCACCAAAGCCAGUCUAUUUCUCGGCCGAAAACCACGAACUGGGUCUUCCUAAAAAAUGUGCCCCCACCACUGAUCACCAAGCAGUACUCCUUACGGUCCUACUCCCAUCCAUCCUGUGAUCUCUUCUUUCUCCACUCCAGUGAGCCAUGUUGUGAAUUGUUAUAAACAAGGACCAAAAACAUCAUAGGUACAUACAAAAGCACCAUCCCAGCUCCAUUACAAGAACAUGUAUCUGCUUACAAAAAAGCUAGACAAAAGAUGUAACAAGCAAGUUGUCCCCCUGGUUGAAUCUUCUUUUCUCCCAAAGAUACCGAACCAGAUCAGCAUACCUCCCUUGCACCCAACGCAUACCUCUCCCUGUACAUGUACAUGCAGCUGCCGCUUCUACCCCUAGAGAACCCCGGCAACCACAGGGUCCUACCGCCGGCCAUAUAAGCACACGCCAUCUAGUCCAUCCACUCGAUCCCCGAGAUAGAUUCUGGUUUGCUCUUUUGGUCGUGUGUGCAGUGCGCUCGGUCGUGUGGUCGAUCGAUCAUGUCGAUGGCGCAGCAGGGGCAGGGGCAGGGGCAGGGGGCGGCAACGUCGCUGCCGCCGGAGUUCCGGUUCCACCCGACGGACGAGGAGCUCAUCCUGCACUACCUCUGCAACCGUGCCGCAGCCGCACCGUGCCCCGUCCCCAUCAUCGCCGACCUCGACAUCUACAACUUCGACCCAUGGGACCUCCCUUCCCAGGCGGUGUACGGCGACAACGAGUGGUACUUCUUCAGCCCGCGGGACCGCAAGUACCCUAACGGCAUCCGCCCCAACCGCGCCGCCGGCUCCGGCUACUGGAAGGCCACCGGCACCGACAAGCCCAUCUACGACGCCGCCACCGGCCAGGGCGUCGGCGUCAAGAAGGCUCUCGUCUUCUACAAGGGCCGCCUGCCCAAGGGCACCAAGACGGCAUGGAUCAUGCACGAGUACCGCCUCGCCAUCGACCCCCUCGCCGUCGUCGUCAACACCUACAGGCCCAUCAAGUUCCGCAACAUAUCCAUGAGGGUAUGUAUGUAAUGUGGCUUCCAUC